AUGACCGUCGAAGACUCAAUUGACCUUUCGCAUGCUCCCGUUUCGGACUCGCCCACUGAAUCACUUCUAGUCUUUCAAAUCACCGGCAAUCCUGGCCUGAUUGAAUACUACCGCACCUUCUUGACGUUGUGCUUCGACAGUCUCCGUGCAAAGUACCCAGAUCGUCGCAUCAAAGUCGCAGGGACCAGUCUUCGUGGCUUUGGCGUUCAGCAUCAUGAACGACACCAAUCUUUAAGCCACGAUAGCAACCCAGAAGGACCCUAUGACCUGGAACAACAAAUCGAACACAUAGGCCAAAUGCUCGAAAGAGCGAUUGAAAGCCAGACAAGGCCAAAUGCUACAAUAAAGGUAGUAUUGAUAGGUCAUUCUGUUGGCUCCUAUAUCCUGCUCGAGGUCUUGCGGCGGCGAAAGCAGAGUCCCAGCACACAGCAGCUGAGCAAUGAUGCCAAAGUCAUUGGUGGAAUAUGUCUCUUCCCAACCGUCACUCACAUUGCAAAGAGCCCAAGUGGGAAGAAGUUUAGUUUGUUCUUCGCCAUCCCAUACUUUGCUGUCAUUGCAGGACUGGUCGUACGCCUUAUGUUUUCCUGGGUUCCUUUCACACCGCUCCAACGUCUCGUUGGUCUCGUCACAGGUUUUCCUUCGCCGGCCGCGGAAACCACCACUGCUUUCCUCAAGAGCCCAGGAGGUGUCAGACAAGCAUUAUCUCUUGCCGGCCAUGAGAUGCGAACCAUAACAGCAGAUGCCUGGGAUGACGAACUGUGGGGUGUUUCUCAAGCACAAGAUUCGAGCGACAACAAGACGAAGUUGUUCUUCUACUUUGGCACCAAUGACCACUGGGUUGCGGACGAGACCAGAGACGAACUCAUUGCUGCUAGGGCUGCAACAGGCACGCCCGGUGACGAAAAGAAGCCCACUAUGGAAAUCGAUACAUAUGGCACACCACAUGGCUUCUGCAUCAAGCACAAUGACCUGGUCGCAAAGAAGGUGGAGCAAUACAUCGACGAGUUGAUGCGAUAG